AUGAGUCUCCAUAGCUUUUUUAACCUAUGCCAAUUAUUUUCAGAUCGCCUAUCUAAAGGAUCGUCACGCAAUCACAGCUUAGAAAAUUGCCUCUGUAUAAAGAGCCUGGCUGACACCUACAAACCCAAGCGUCUUGAGUUUAAGCGGAAGACUCCCUAUAGUGGUAGAUGUGGCAGUAUUGGUGGUGGUGGCACAAGUAGUGCACUGUGGAGUCAAGUGGCUCUACCUCCCACCUUCAAAAGUCCUCUAACAGAGCCAACCCCACGGCGAAAACCGCUUAGCAAUAUUGCCUACUUUCCGUCUUAUCAUAAUGAACUACUUGGCGAACCACAAAGCCCAAUGCCAGAUGAAGUUGUCUACGAUGACGUGCACCAGUCCACUGUCGAUUUAAAUAAUGGGGAAUCGGCAUCACAACAGGUAAGUUCUUGA